UUGUUAAUUAUUUAUGAGCAAUAUUUUUAGUUUUAAAUGAUUUGUGUAGUUUAGUAGGAGUUUUAGUUUGCACAAGCUGGUUGAUCCAUAGGAGUCAGUUUAUAGUUUUGAACCAUGAAAAUUUAUACUACUUUAAUAUGGAUCGCUUUAAUUUCAUGUUGUCUCUCAGUUAUAGCCUUGCCGACUUCAUGGAUCUAUACUGCACCACGCGCUCUCUUCGGUCUUGCUGGAUCAGCUUCAGCAUCAGCGUCAGCUGCUACACCAAAAUCAGUGAUAGCAGAUUUAAGAAGAAAAGAUGUAAAAGCGGCUGAAUUGCAAGAAUUUAAUGACGGAAUGGGCACCUCAUAUAAUGAACCAGAUGAAGAUAAAGAGUCCGAAAAUAAUGAAGUGUAUCCCAGUUUAUUUCAGAAAAAGAUAAACAAGAUUCUUGGUAAGCUCCGAUUAAUUGCCCAGAUAAAGCAAGCCUACCGCUACCAACCGGAGGACCAUAAUUCGGAUACAAACAUUACGUUAUCUUCACAGGAAGAUAACGUAGAUGCGCCUAAAUCAAAUUCCACCGUCACAAUCCAAAAAGAUAAAGAAAAUAUUAAAACUAAUAUUGCUCCUAAAAAAGCGGACUAUCGGAGUCAAAAUAUUCAACACGUUCCUGCAUCAGCUCCUCUAAAUGAUGACCAAGUUAUGCAGUCAAGUAACGUGCUAGAACUUCAAGAAUCACCUAAUGAUGAGCCUCUCAAAGUUGACUUAGAUGCUGAUAAGUUAAAUGAUAACGUUGAAGUUCUGAUAACUCCACAAACUCCAUUUCUGAGAAAGGAAAAAUUGAGGAAUGAACCCAGUCGGCUUGGCACUUUGGGUGUAUUUUUUGUGGAAUUAGUGGGUUCGUUGGUGGGGUUAACUUAUGGUGCGGUUGCACAGAUUACUAGUGGUGGCCAGAGCCCUGUUACUAUUAGUACGUCGGAAGGGCUCUAAUAUAUUAGCUAUAUAAUGGUAUUUUUUUCUAUUUAAUAUAAUUUUUUUAAGAUUA